UGAGAUUCCGAUGGUACCAAGGAUUUUAUCCAACUGGGUCUCAACCGGUGACCUGGGCCAUUGACAACGUCUACAUAGGGCCACAGUGUGAGGAGAUGUGCAGCGGGCACGGCAGUUGCAUCAAUGGGAGCAAGUGCAUCUGUGACCCUGGAUAUUCUGGACCCACCUGUAGAAUAACCACCAAGAACCCCGAUUUUCUCAAGGAUGAUUUUGAAGGUCAACUGGAGUCGGACAGGUUCUUACUGGUCAGUGGCGGAAAACCAUCCAGGAAAUGUGGAAUCCUGUCUGGAGGAAACAACCUUUUCUUUAACGAGGAAGGAUUGCGAAUGUUGAUGACUCAAGAUCUGGAUUUAUCCCAAGCUAGAUUUGUUCAAUUCUUCAUGAGGCUGGGAUGUGGCAAAGCCGUACCUGAUCCCAGGAGUCAGCCAGUGUUGUUACAAUACUCCCUUAAUGGCGGACUCCGGUGGAAUCUACUGCAGGAAUUUCUCUUCAGCAAUUCGAGCAAUAUCGGACGUUACAUCGCUUUGGAAAUCCCUUUAAAAGCUCGUUCUCCCUCUACGCGCCUCCGGUGGUGGCAGCCUUCUGAGAACGGACAUUUCUACAGCCCUUGGGUCAUUGACCAGAUCCUCAUUGGCGGGAAUAUUUCCGGCAACACAGUCCUGGAAGAUGAUUUCAGCACCUUGGACAGCAAGAAAUGGCUCCUCCACCCGGGGGGAACCAAAAUGCCCGUCUGUGGCUCCUCGGGGGACGCUUUGGUCUUCAUUGAGAAGGCCAGCACUCGCUACGUGGUCACCACCGACAUCGCCAUAAACGAGGACUCUUUCCUUCAGCUGGAUUUUGCUGCGUCUUGUUCGGUCACCGAUUCUUGUUACG